AUGUCGGACGACAGCGGCAUCGGAAAUGAGCGUUUCCUCCAAGGCGCCGGGCGGAUCGUUCCCGUGAGCGAGAGGCGAGAGAGUGAGAGGAAGGGGGGUCCACAUCCACCGCGCAUCGGGACCAUGAAGACCACCUCCAGGACGCGCGGCGCGGCGCUGCUCGGCGCGCUGCUACUGCUCUGCGGAGCCGCCGGAGAGCCGCUGGAGCCCGGGUCCGAGGAGGAGCUGAGCCCGCGCGCGCUGCGGGACUUCUACCCCAAAGGGCCCAACCUCACGAGCGAGAAGCAGCUGCUCGGAGCUCUCCAAGAAGUUCUCGAGAAGCUUCAAGCCAAACGACUUCCUUCGUGGGAGAAGAAAUUUGGCCAAGUUCCAACGUGUGCCGUCGGGGAGCAGUGCGCGGUGAGGAAAGGCGCGCGCAUCGGGAAGAUGUGCGACUGCCCCCGCGGAGCCUUCUGCAACUUCUUCCUGCUGAAGUGCUUAUGAGCCUCGCGGGAUCCGAACCUGCAGCAUCGAGAUGGAGAGAAGAAGAAAGAGAAGAAAGAGAUGGAAGAUAAACUCUAUUCCUUUGUAAUUACGGUCAUAUUUUGUAUGAUACAGCUGAGGAGCAGGUUUCUGUGGUCUGUGAUGAUAUUGAUUGAUUGAUUGUGACGCAGGAGAAAACUUUAAGACCCUUAAGUAUAAUAUCCAAAACCACUUGUUGUGACGAUGAAUUACCCACAAUUCACAGGAAACUGUCAGAGGACCACCUGCUGUUCGACAUCAUGAACAUUCUCGUGAUUCUUCCUCCACAACUUUGUCUGUUGAUCUAUUUUGUGAGCUGAAUGUUUGUGUAUGAAAUCAUAAUAAUAAUCACAAUAAUAAUAAUA